AUGUCAUUUGGUGUAUCAUACGAGGAAUACACACGCAUCUUUAACUUUGAAUCCAGCCCAGUUGCUGCAAGCAGUUUGAGUAAAUAUUCUAUUCUUUUUGCUGUGAUUUUAGUUAUAAUCGGUACGUAAUUUGAAAUUAAAUGCAAAAAUUUACAAGGGUUUUAAUUGUAUACUAAUAUCAUUUUAGCCUUCUUUUCAUUGGCAUUAGCGUUAUUAGUGGAUAAGAAAUCACAAUCGCCAUUCAAUUAUUUCUUUCAUGCAAUUUUAGCUUCUUUAUCAAUUGGGUUAGGCUCCGUGUAUGUUGCCAACAGUUUUGGCGUAUACGUCUGA